UAAGCCGGAAGUCAGCGACUUGAGCGCCCCUGUUCGUUCGUCGAGCUCGUUCGCUUCAACUUUUGCUACCUUCUCAAACGCUGACAUUUUUUCGCUUCAACUUGGGUUUUAUUGAAGACGUCAAACAUGCCGGAGCCCGCCGCUCAGAGUCACUACGGACGCCCGACGGCCGAGCAGAUGGACGAGCAGAGGCUCCAAAAUGUGGCCUAUCACUAUUUAUGCCGACUGGAGGAGGCCAAAAGGUGGAUGGAGGCGUGUCUGGGGGAGGAGCUUCCGGCCCCCGCCGAGCUGGAGGAAACCUUGAGGAACGGCGUGGUCCUGGCCAAAGUGGCCCAUCGCUUCGCGCCCGCCCUGGUUCCUCGCGAGAAGAUUUACGACUUGGACCAACGGCGAUACGAGGCCUCGGGGGUGGAGUUUCGCCACACUGACAACAUCAAUCGCUGGAGAGACGCCAUGAUGGCGCUGGGACUGCCGCCCAUAUUUCAUCCUGAAACCACAGACAUCUAUGAGAAGAAGAACAUGCCAAGAGCCAUUUACUGCAUACACGCGCUCAGCGUGUACCUGUACAGACUGGGCCUGGCUCCCCAGAUCACGGACCUCUGCGGGAAGGUCAAGUUUACGGAGGAGGAAAUCGACAACAUGAAGCUGGAGUUGGACAAAUACGGCCUCCGGCUUCCCGCCUUCCACAAAAUCGGGGGAAUCCUGUCCGACCAAAUGUCGGCGGACGAGGCGGCGGUCCACGCGGCGGUGAUCGCCAUCAACGAGGCCGUGGAGCGGCCCGACGUCGGGGCCGCGGCCGAGGCGCUCGCCAACCCCGGCGCGCGGCUCGUCCGCCUGCGGGAACCGCUGAUGUGCGUCUACCGGGAGACGCUGCUACAGGCUAAACGGAGGAAGGCGCGGCGGGCGGCCGGCGAGGACGGGGAACCCCGGGAAAAAGAACUGUACGAGGAGUUUCUGACUCGCGCCGAAAUCCAAACCGACAUCGACCGGGUCAACGCGCGAUCGGCGCUAGAGCUCGUCGACGAGGCCGCGGACGCCGGCGACGAAGCGGCUCUCCUGCGAGCGUUGCGGCUGCCGUGUCUGGCGCUCCGCGGCGUCGGCGACGGGGUCCGCUACCUCGAUCGAGUGGCGGCUCGACGGCGGCUCAAGGGCGAGCUGGGCUCCGUGGACCCGCUUGAGCCCGAAGAGCUUCAAGAGGCCGUGGACGACGCCAACCGGGACGCUCGCGACGCCGUCGAGACGCGAGGGGCGACAGACGAUGUCAACGAGUCGUUGCGAGGCGACGACCCCGGACGCACCGUUGCCUGUCUGACGGCCCCCGGCCUCCGGCUCCCCCCGGUCUUCCCUUGCGCGGCGUCUCUUUAUCACCGCCAACUGAGGCUGUUACAGAUGCGCGCCGCGCAGGGGACGCUGGAUCGGGAAGAGCUGUUCGUCGCCGUGGAGAUGUUGUCGGCCGUGGUGCUCGUCAAUCGAGCGCUGGAGGCGGGAAACCCGCGGCGACUGGGCUCCUCGUUGGAAAGCUCCUCAGCGGGCUUGACGGACGUGGACCCCGCUCUGAUGGACAAGUACUUGUCACAUCUGUCUGAGCUGAAGCGGUCGGCGGGCUGCCAAAUGCUGACUUGGAACGAGCUUCAGAACGGAAUCUGGCUGGUUAACGAGGAGGAGCGCGCCCAGCAUCAGCAGAUCCUGGCCCUCCGCGCUCUCGACGAGGCUUUGACCCGCGGAGACGCCGACCGGCUGCUUUCCGCGUUGCUGCUGCCCUCCAGCGGCGUGAAGGAAGUUCUGCCCGCCAACAUCGGCCGCUACCUCAGCUCGAUGAACGACGCCAGGCGGCGCAAAGCGCAGGUGGGUCGAGACGCGGGAGCCGAGCUGUGGUCGGCGGAGGUCCAGGAAGUGGUGACGAGAGUCAAUCGGGAAACGCAACGAGCUCUGAAAUCGUGUCUGGCGGUGGCGGCAGUCAAUCAAGCGGUGAAGGAGAAGCAGGCGGCGCAGACCCUGCGGGUGCUUUCCCUUCCAGAGGUGGCGCUGCAGGGCGUGACGCGGCGCCACGCGGCCGAGUACCAGACGCGGCUGGCCGCGCUCGUGCGGCGCAAGGCCGCGACAGGAGACAACAAGAGUCCCUGGGUGGGCGUCCCGACCCCGGACGGCGACGUCUUCUUCUUCCACCUGAGCAAACUGGAAGGCACCUGGCAGAAGCCGCCCCACUUUGUCCACAACAGCGUCUUCCUGGACCGGCGCGACAUCCAGGAAGUGGUCAGCGACGUCUGGGACGACCAUCGGCGGCGAGAGCUUUGGGCCGACAACGUCGAGCUGAUCGAGCGCCUGCAAGCGGGCGUGCGGGGAUUCCUCGUCCGACGCCGUCUGGCGGCCCGCCGUCGUUACCUGCUCGACAACGUCGGCGCCGUCGUCCUCAUCCAGGCUCACUGGAGGAGGUUCAUCCAGCAGACGGCGUACCGGCGGCGGCUGCAGUUCCUCUACACCAACUGGAGGGCGGCGGUCAAGAUUCAAGCAUUUGUGAAGAUGUGGCUGGCCAGGAGGAAAUAUCUGGCCCGCUUGAGUUUCUUUCAACAAAACGUGGGCGCCGUCGUCAAGAUCCAAACCUUCUUCCGAGCCCGCCGGGCGCAGGCCGAGUACCGGACUCUGGCGCGAUCGGACGCGCCUCCCCUGAGCGUGCUCAGGAAGUUCGUCCACUUGCUGGACUACGGGGACGGCGACUCGAGAGAGGAGGUGGAGCUGGCGCGUCUUCGGGAGGAGGUGGUCCGCGCCGUCCGCUUCAACCGGCGGUUGGAGGCCGACCUGGACCUGAUGGACUUGAAGAUCGGGCUGCUGGUGCGCAACAGGGCCACCCUGCAGGAAGUGGCGUCUCAGUGCAAGAAGCUGACCAAGAAGAAUAAAGAGAAGCUGUUGGGCAUGAUGGACGCGGAGAGGAGCAAAGGCCUGAAGGCGCUCAGCCGAGAGCGCAGGCAGAGACUGGAGGCCUACCAGAACCUCUUCUACCUGCUCCAAACUCGCCCGUCCUACUUGGCGCGCCUGAUCUUCCUGAUGCCGCAGAGUCGGAGCUCGUCCUUCGUGGAAAUGCUGAUCUUCAGCCUGUUCAACUACGGAGCCGACGAUCGCGAGGCCUUCCUUCUCCUGCGUCUCUUCACGGAGGCCCUCCGCCUGGAGAUAAGGUCGAAAGUGAGCGAGCCUCAGGAUGUGAUCAGGGGGAACCCGUUGGUCAUCAAGAUGCUGGUCAACUUCUACCGCCACGACCGGGGACGCAACGUCUUGCGUGAGAUCUUAGGACCCGUCCUCGGCGACGUCCUGGCGGCGAGCGAGCUCAGCGUCCGGACCGACCCGCUGGAGGUCUACAAGAACUGGAUCAACCAGACCGAGAGCCGCAGCGGGCUCAAGAGCUCCCUCCCCUACGACGUCUCCCCGGAAGAGGCGUUAGCUCACCCCGAGGUCCGGCGGCGCGUGGACGUGGCCGUGGUCAACCUGCAGAACCUGACCCAGAGAAUCCUCAAGGCCAUCGUUUCCAAUGUGGACCAACUCCCGUACGGCUUGCGCUACAUGGCCAAGGUUCUCGGAGACUUCCUGAGGUCAGAGUUCCCGGCCGCCGGCGAAAACGACGUCUACAAGGUGGUGUGCAACAUGUUGUACUACCGCUUCAUCAACCCCGCCGUGGUGGCGCCGGACGCUUUCGACGUGUCGGAGCGCUCCGGGAUACCGGGCGGCACGCGGCCGGACCGGCGCCGCCUGCUGGGCUCGGCCGCCCGCCUGCUGCAGCGCGCCGCCGCCGCCGAGCGCUUCUUGGGCGACGGCCCGCACGUGGCCGCGCUCAACCGCUAUGUGGAGUGCGCGCACGCCACCUUCAGGAAAUGGGUGUCGCACGUGAUCGACGUUCCCGAGCCGUCGGAGCGCUUCGGCUCGGACGAGUACUCGGAGACGCUGAUCGUGGGCCGGCCUCUCGUCUACGUCUCGCUGGGCGAGCUGCUCGACACCCACCGGCUGCUGUUGGAGCACCGGGACGUCUUGUGUCCCGAGCCCGCCGAUCCGCUGGGAAUUCUGCUCGCCGAAGCGGGGCCCGUUCCCACCCGGCUCCAGCUCACGGGCGUCGCCGACGGCCCAGGUACGAAGACGCCGCCCGAGCGGGCGUCGACGGUGACGCUCGCUUUUCACCGCCUAGACGACCCCGCGUCCGAUUGGAGAAAGACGGAGGUCUCGUUGACGCUCGCCGACAAGUUCGGGGUCGCGGACGAGCGUGACGACGACGACGACGUCGAAGACGCGGGAGUCCUGCUGCUCCGCACCAAGCGGCUGAUCGCGGACGUGAUCCGGGCGCAGCCGGGCGACACCCUCGCCGACGUCCUCCGGAGCGCCGCCACGCCCGAGCAGGAGGCGCGUCACGAGCAGCUGAUGCGUCGGCGCGCGCUACAGGAAGCGCACGCGCCUGGCCGGCCGCCGAGAAGGACGUCCUCUGCCGCCGCCCUCGGCCUAGAGGAGAAGAAACGAAAGAUCGGCAGGAGCCUUCGGCGUCUGGAGGCUUCGGGCAUCCUGCCGGCCUCGGGCGCCCACCGGCGCCUCCUAGCCGACAUCGCGCAGGACAUUCGAGGGCGCCGCGCCCGUCGGCGGCGGCGGGGGGCGGAGCUGGCAAAGUUGAGCCAGACUCUGCGCGGCUUACGGGCCAAGAGCGACUUCCUGGGCCGGCAGGCCGACUACUACGAGCGUUACAUCGCCCGCUGCCUGGAGCGGCUGACGGCCGACGGCCGGACCGCCGAUAAGAAAACGGCAGACGCGCGAGGGAAGAAGAAAGUUUGUACGGUGAGCUACACGGCCGCGCGGCUGCACGAGAAGGGGGUCUUGCUGGACAUCCGGGACCUGCCCUCCACGCAGUUCAAGAACGUGCAGUUCGACAUCGCUAACGGCGCCGAGAAAGGAAGCUUCCUGGUCAAAACUCGCUUCUUGGGCGUGGACAUGGAAGAAUUCCACAUCAAGUAUCAGGACCUCCUCCAGCUACAGUACGACGGCGUGGCGGUGAUGAAGAUGUUCGACAAGGCCAAAGUCAACGUCAACUUGCUCAUCUUCCUCCUCAACAAAAAGUUCUUCGACAAAUGAACACCGUGUUUAAAAUGAGCGAGAAGAAAGACGAUGUAUUUCCUGUACCACUUUUAAAAAUCUUUGUUUAUUGAGAAUAAUAAAUAUCCAUUUUCACACAAAACUAGGAAGCGCGUGGCGUCGAUUUCCGAGCUCUUUCGCCAUCUCCGCAUGCGCCGAGAACCCGAAAGGGUAACGGAGUUGCGGCGCACGGGACGCCGCGGCGACCUCUUUGAAUCUUUCCGCUCAAGUCCUCUCGGAUUCGAUACGACAGCGCUGGCUCUCGAGGCCGUCGCGAUACGCGUGUCGAAAGCGAAACAGCGGUACUCGGAGUCACCGUCCCGAUCGGUGGUGGUGCGAGACGAUAGAACGCUGGCACUCCUUCAAGCGUAGUUAGAGCCAAAUUUGCGACGAGACGAACGGAGGCGUACACUGAUUGACCUGCGAGAUUGCCAAAACGUUAAGCGCAAUACCCCGACCGGGGGGAAUAAAACA